AUGGAACAAGAUCACCAGCUCCAGAAGGUACCAAAUUUCAGAGACGUUGGCAAAACCGUCAAUCAGUUUCUCGGAGAGAGGCGCAUGCGCGAGAAUCUCUUCUACCGAUCUGGAAGACUAGCCACUUACUCGCCCCUCCAUCUUUCAUCAGACGACGCCACGACUGCAGACAAGGACCUAAUCAGGAAUGAGCUCGAGAUGAAGAUUAUUGUUGAUUUACGCACAAAAACCGAAAUCCUCAAACAAAUCAGAAAACACCGGCGCUCUGGCGAAGCGAGCGAGAUUCCAGGUGUGCAAUACCACGGCAUCAAGAUUAAUGGCAGAUCCUUCGAGAGACACUUGUUAAGCCUUUUAUCAUGGUGGGACUUCUUCAAGGUCAUUUUCUUCUUCAUCGCGGGAUACCGCAUAGACGCAGUCAGGGUUCUCAGCCAACAGGUCAUGUUGCCCCGUGGCCUCGUCCGUCUUGGUCUAGACACGCUUGAUCACUGUGGCUCGGAGAUACACGAAGCCCUCUCGUUUUACACUUCUCCCCAGACCUUGCCGUCCAUCAUUCAUUGCACACAGGGAAAAGAUCGCACUGGGCUUAUAUGUGCUUUGGUAUUGAUGAUACUGGGGAUCCCCAGAGCGGCCAUUGAGCACGACUACUUUCUCACUGAUGCUGAGCUCAUGCCCAGCCGACCUCAGAUGCUCAUAGAGAUUCAUGAGAUAGGCUUGACAGACGAGUGGGCCGGUACCGCAAAGGACAUGAUCUCGUCCAUUGAAAGCCACAUCAAUGAUCACUAUGGAGGCUUGGACAAUUAUCUGGAUUCCAUUGGCUUUGACCAGCAGCAGCGGACCAAGGUCCAGGAGACGCUGCUCUUCUAA